AUGGGCUCUGGAAACGGUUUGAGGAAGAUUGCUGCACUGAUUGGAGUCUUUGUGGUUUUGAAGGUGCAAGCUGCUCCGACACGUACCGGUGAUAAUGCAGAUGCUGGUGAACUAAGGGACGACAUACUUGAGAUCAAUAAGGGGUUAGAACACCUGUUUGAGGGAGACAUUGCUGAACUGAAUGCAAAAGGUGUGAUCCUCCAGGCGUUUGAGGAAUACCGUUUGAGAUCCUGUGUGGACUUCAAGCCCUAUGAGGGAGAGACCAGUUAUAUCUCCUUCACCAAGCUUUCUGGAUGCUGGUCAUAUGUUGGAGACGAUGGAAUAGGCCAGAAUGUGUCCAUUGGGGCCAGGUGUGACACUAAAGCCAUUGUGCAGCAUGAGCUCCUCCAUGCUCUGGGCUUUUACCACGAACAGUCUCGCUCAGACAGAGACAACUAUGUCAAAAUCUGGUGGGACCAGAUUGAAGAAGGGAAGGAGCACAACUUCAAUAAGUAUGAGGAUGACUUCAUCACCGAUCUGAACACGCCGUAUGAUUAUGAGUCCAUCAUGCACUACCGACCUCUGUCCUUCAACAAGAAUGAAAGCAUCCCCACGAUCACCACCACCAUACCGUUUUUUAACCAGGUCAUUGGCCAGCGGCUGGACUUCAGUGCAGUAGAUAUUACCAGGCUCAACCGCAUGUAUGACUGUGCCAACACACACACUCUCCUGGACCAGUGCUCCUUUGAGCUGAUCAACAUCUGUGGAAUGAUCCAGAAUGAGGAGGACAGCGGAGAAUGGAUCCAGACAAGGAGCACUCCAGCUGCUACAGACCACACCUUGGCAGGACGCUGCAGAGAUUCUGGCUACUUCAUGAUGUUUGACAAAGCCGGAAGCAGUGCCUUGCUGGAGUCACGUAUCCUCUACCCCAAGAGAGACGAGCAGUGCCUGCAGUUCUUCUACAAGAUCACUGGAGCAGCUGGGGACAAACUGGUGAUAUGGAUCAGGACCGAUGAUGGGACAGGGACUGUGCGCAGAGUCAGGAAGAUACACACCAUUACAGGUGAUGGAGAUGAUGCUUGGAAAAUAGCCCAUGUGACUCUCAAAGUGAGAGAGAAGUUCCGCUAUUUCUUUCAAGGCAUCAGAGAAUCAUCCAACUCCUCGGGCGCCAUCCUAAUCGAUGACAUCACUCUCACUGAGACCGUUUGCCCCAGUGCUGUCUGGCAAAUCCACAACUUUACUGGCGUUCUUGCCACCAUUCCUCUUGGCAGUCCAGUUAAAAGCAAGUGCUUCUACAACUCGGAGGGCUACUCAUUCGGUAUCAGUGUUUACCCAAAUGGAAAAGAGAGUGCCUACCCAGACUAUGUUGGCAUAAGCCUCCAUCUCUGCAGUGGGGAAAAUGAUGUAGUGAUGCAGUGGCCAGCCCAAAACAGGCAGGCAACCAUCGUUGCUGUGGACCAGGACCCCGAUGUAAAACUGAGGAUGUCUUCUACAAGAAGCUUCACCACAGACACUGAUGCCCGCUGGAACAAACCUACAGAUACUUCAGGAGCAGUGUGGGAUGAUAGCUGCCAGUGCUACCGCGGCAAAGACCUUGGCUGGAGUACAUUCAUUUCUCACAAUCAUCUGUACAGGAGGAGCUUCCUCAAAAACAAUGACUUCAUCAUUACAGCUGACUUCAAUGAUUUGACACACCUGAUCGAGACUGAGGUGCCUGUCAAACCAGUUGCCCCAAGUGAUGACAUCACGGAUGAGAAGCCAAUCAGCGAGGUGGAAAUGAGACUAGAGGCUCCAAAACACAGAGAAGCACGUGCUGCCAACCUCUGUCAUCCCAACCCUUGUUUUAAUGGCGGCUUGUGUGUGGAGAGUGGAGGGACAGCCUCAUGCAGGUGUGCAUCAAGCCAGACUACCUACUACACUGGUAAGAGAUGUGAAGAAAUGAACAUAGACAGCAGAAUUCUGGGAGCUCUGGUUGGCGGCACCGCAGGGACUGUAGUUAUGACACUGGCGAUCUUCACCAUCAUCAGGAGAGCUCAGUGAAACACACAGAGGAAGAAUUUGUCCUCUGCAUUCAUUCAGCAGUGAAAUCACAGCAAAAAGUGUCUGUAAGCAUCAGUUGAGGAGAGCAUCCAUAGUUUGUGUCCUUAAAUAUAAAAAAAUAAAAAAUAUAUAACAU